GUCACUGACUCACUGCUCACUUCACACUUGACGUAAACGUUAUAUCUGUCACAAUUUUAUUAUUUGCAAUAAUUCGCAAUUAUUAAUUUUAUUUUAUAAUUAUAAAAUAAUCUGUAAGUUAUCUAUGUAAAUUUGUUUAAAAUUCCAAGCUAUAGGUGUACGUAGACGUGUUAUUUAAGUGAUCAGAGAUUUAUUUAACUCCUUCGUUAUAUCACAAUAAAGUACUAAAAUGGUUAAAGUUUACGCAGUAGUAGUCCUAUACAAAGGAAUAAAUAGUGCUACCAUACUUAAAGCUGCAUAUGACUUGCGGAGCUUUAGCUAUUUUCAACGAGGCUCAGUACAAGAAUUCAUGACAUUUGUAAGUAAAACUAUGGUGGAGAGAACGCAACAAGCAUCAAGACAGUCUGUUAAAGAAGGAGAAUAUAUGUUACAAGUGUAUGUCAGAGCAGACAAUCUAGCUGGCGUGUUAAUCACAGAUCAUGAGUAUCCAAACAGAGUGGCUCACACAUUGAUUACAAAGACUUUAGAUGAAUUUACUGCUGCAGUACCUGCUAACUCAUGGCCCACUGGAAAUGAAUCUACAAUUGAUUUUUCAGCACUUGCACAGCAUCUGGAAAAGUAUCAAAACCCGAAAGAAGCUGAUGCAUUAACAAAGAUACAGAAUGAUUUAGAUGAAACUAAAAUCAUUCUCCAUGAUACAAUAAAAGCUGUGUUAGAAAGGGGUGAAAAAUUAGAUGACUUGGUGGCAAAAUCUGACAGUUUAUCUAUGCAUAGUAAAGCAUUUUAUAAGACUGCCCGUAAGACCAACAGUUGCUGUAACUUCUGAGGCAUUGCAUUGGUGUUCCAAUUGAAUCAGGCCAUAGUUAGUAUAGAAAAUAUUAUACUUAUGUUGAAAGUUGUUCUAUAUGUUUACUGUGUGCUGUGAAAGUUGAAACUAUUGAAGACAGUGUUUAUUUGUGUAGCUGCUACUUGAAUAACUUUGAGUAUAAAAUGAUUGUAAUAAAAUAUAUAAAUAAUAGCUUGAAAGUGUAGAAUUUUUAAUUGUUAAUGAGUUUUUUCUUAAUUUGCAAUUAUAAAAUAUAUUUAUGUAAAAUUAAUUUUUCACUUAUUGAUGACAAAAUAAUUCACUGAAAUAAAUUUUAGUAAAAACAAUGUUAAUCUCAAUGCUAAAAUGAAGACGGAAAGUAUUUAACUUUAAAGUGACUAUCAUUCAAAAUUGUAAUUGUGUUAUGUAAUUCUUCUCUGCAAAUUUGUUCAUUCAUAAGUUAAAUCUAACAUGGCAUAUGCAUCAUAUGUUGGUAACUAGUGAAGCACACAAACAAAUCUUUUCUGAUUGUGUGUGUCGUAAAUCAUAAGUCUUUGGACUAUAGUCCCUAAUGUUAGUGAAUUUCCAUUGGAUUAGUUGAAAACUUGCUGGCUCAAUAUAACAAGGUCAAAUGUAAAUUUUUACUUAUGUUGCAAAAUGAGAUUAAAAAGUUUUAUCAUCACCUUUAUUUAUCUUUCUAGAUUAUUGGAAAUUUUUAUUGAAAAAGUCAGUAUUAUGUGAGAUGUAUAAUUCAAGUUAUAGAUCAAAUUUAACAGAAUCUUGUUAUAACGAGCCAACAAAAUAAUGUGGUCAAGUGCACAAGGAUCGUAAAGCUUAUGUGUAUUUGUGUAUCUGUUAUAUUCAUACCUGAAGAUGAACAGAUUUUCUCUGGAGCCUAUUACAUGUGCCCACAGUUGUAUCUUAUGUGGAAUACCAAAAGGUAUUAAAAAGAGCAAGUAUAAUUAAACAAUCUAUAACUGCAUUGUACAGUUUUCAAAUGUAUGUGAUGUGAAACAAUAUUUUGAUCUAUUUGUGUGGCUUCUUGUGCAGUAUAAUGCUAAUGUAUAGUAUAAUUAUGGCUUGGCAUGUCAUAUUUUUCCAACAGUGAGAGAAUGACAUCCUGGCCUUUUGAAAAUUAUUCUCUGUUGAAUAGUUUUGACAAUAACCACCUUUUCCAAUCUACUUGCAUUGAAUGUAAACUGAUUAAUGUAACUGUGUUCCCGAAUAAGAUAUGUCUUAGUAAUCAGAUUUGCUAGAUAGUUUCACAUACAUAAAGUAAGGUUUUUUUUAUACUCGGUCCCAUGUAUUUGUUGUGAUUGUGCUGGGAUGGACUGGCAAUUGAGUGUAACAAAUAAAAUUAUUGAUAGUUUCUAUUACAAGAGAUAUAUUUAUGUAAGUCCUAUGUCUCCAUUGACAUAUAUUCUAUAUGUCUAUAUAUGUAUCUAAGUCUGAUGGGUUUAGAGUUAGACUGUUAGAACACAAGAAGCAUUCCCUCAAGUUAACUUUUAGAAUGGUUUUUUAGGGUAUAAAUCAUAUUUUUAUAUCUUUGUUUGAGCAAAGACACCCUGUACUCCCGCAGACUUUGUUUUCAAAAAAUGUAACCCCCUUAUUCAUAGUCGUUUUUUAUAUAAGGAUGGAGCAUUACUGUGAUAACAAGUCUGUUUCUCAGCUUUGUUUACAUGAUAGCUCGCUGUUUGUUCAACUUUGUUUAUCUGACAGCCAACUAGAUUCAAGUUGUAUCUCAAUAUUAGCCAAUCACAACGGCUCUAUGUCUACGCACUGCGAAGGCCGCCAUGCCGUCAGCACUGAGAAACAGACUUGUUAUCACUGGAAUACUCCGUCCUUAAAUAAAAAACGUCUAAGCUGCUAAUACCAGGAGGCCCUAUCAUUUCAUAUUUUUUUAUUAAUUUAGCAAUAGCACUUCAGCAUAGUCAUUUAUAAAAUAUUCUUAUAAUAUGUUGCAUUUUAUGUUAGAACAUUUUUAUAAUGAGUAGGGAGUUUUGUACUUCAGUUUACCAUUAUUUACUUUCAAAUGUUUUAAAUAGGAACCGCACAUAACUGUUUUAAUUAUGUAUAUACAAUUUAAUAUCUAUUCAUUGAAUGUAUAUUUCUUGAUGGUAGGGAAUGGUAAUAGUUAAUAGAGUAAAAAUGUAUUGAAACAACGUGGAUGACAAUGGCUAUAACUACAGAGCUUCGUUGUAGCACUGGAUGGUGUUAACGAGUGUAGCGUGCUAUCUGAUGAAGAACGUCUGGGUAUCCAACGGUGAUAAUUCGAUUACAGGCAGGGUCGGAUUAAGAAUUUGGGGGCCCCUAGGCAAUUCACAUCUUGGGGCCACUUAUACUUUCUCUAGCUUCGUAAAAUAUUUUUUUUUCAACUACAACCUAUUUAAUCGACUUUUGGAUGACUAUGAUUUUCUCCAAAAUUAUUAAUUCGAUUUGAUGGGUUUCUCGUUAUUUAAAUGUAUUUUUUUCAUAUGAGGUUUAUAAUUAUGUAACAUAUUGGGCACCGAUGAAGAUCUUUAUGAUUAUAUUUUAAUAAUUUUAAAUGUAUUCCAAUACAUACUGAAGUAUUUUGUACGAGCCCCUAGCGAAUUCCAGACCCCUAGGCAGUUGCCUAAUUUGCCUUGAGGUAAUCCGACCCUGAUUAUAGGUGUUCAAAGUACGACAUGUUUUCCAAUCUACGUUAUUUCCAUGCAAAAUGCAUAGCUAAUCUAGUCCUACGCGCGAAAACCAUCAAAAUAUUACAUUAUGUUUUUAUUUAUAACGCCACGUUAUCACAAAAUUGUAGCGCGCCUUAUUAUUAGGAAUUUAUGCUGGGCUAUAAAUAAAAAUAAUAUGUUAGUGUAUUAAGGAUUGCGUAGGCGCAGGAGACGUUUUUAGGAGGUUUGUUCUAACUAAACAAAUGAUUUACUGAAUACUCUGCAACAUAUUAUUGUAUAAUUCGAAUCAAUGUUCCUUACGUAAUAAAAUGUUGAUUCGCACUGUGAUGGGUAAUGUUAUAAAAAAGUUAUGUACAUUUGAGAUACCAACAGUAAAAUGCAUACACGUGUUCCUGCUCUACUAUUUUUUUCUUAAAGAUAGCUUGUCUGGAUAAGAUUAACGAUGUUUUUUGAAUAAUGACUGUAAGAAUGAACUUAGAACUGCAUACAUAUAUUUGUAAAUCCUUUUGUCGGUAGUGACGUGUCUGUGCCCAGAAAGCAAUAUAGAUAAUUUUUAUUGUAUGUUGGGUGUUGUAUAUUGUAUAUUUAUAGUAUAAAACUAUAAUAAAUGUAAUCGAUGCUUACCGUU